AUGGCAAAUAUUAAUAAUAAUAAUAAUUUUAAUUUUAAUAAUAAUUUAAUUUCUUCCAAUAUUAAUAAUAAUAAUAAUAAUAAUAAUAAUAAUAAUAAUAAUAAUAAUAAUAAUAAUAAUAAUAAUAAUAACUAUAUAAAUAAUAAUUAUAUAAAUAAUAAUAGUAAUAACAUAAAUAAUAAUAUAAAUAGUAUUAACCCUAAUAAUAAUAUUAAUAUUAAUAAUAAUAAUCUUAUUAACAAUAAUAAUAAUAAUAAUAAUAAUAAUAAUAAUAAUAAUAAUAAUAAUAAUAAUAAUAAUAAUAAUAAUAAUAAUAAUAACAAUAUUAAUAAUAAUAAUAAUAAUAAUAAUAAUAAUAAUAAUAAUAAUAAUAAUAAUAAUAAUAAUAUUAUUAAUAUUAAUAAUAAUAAUAUUAACAACAACAACAGCAACAACAACUACAGCAACAACAACAACAGCAACAGCAACAAUAACAAUAAUAAUAAUAAUAAUAAUAAUAAUAAUAUUAAUAAUAAUAUUAAUAAUAAUAAUAAUAAUAAUAAUAAUAAUAUUAUUAUUAAUAAUAAUAAUAAUAUUGAUCAUAUUAAAAUAUAUACGAUUGGAGAUAAUGUUGAAUCAUAUUGGUUUAAUGGAAAACCAGUUGAAUCAUUGGAAUAUACAGAGAUAAAAGAGAUAAUACAUAAAAAAGGAGAAUCAGUUAUAUCGAAUUCAACCAAAGAUUCAAUACUAAAACAAAUUAAAAGAAUAUUAAAAGAUGAGAUAUUGAUAAAAGUUAGUUCAAGUAAUAGUAAAGGUUCAAAAGUAAAUAACAAUGGAGGUACUAAUAAUAAUAACAAUAACAACAAUAAUAGGCAACCACCAUUAUCAUUAUCAAAUUAUAUAAUGCCAUGUGAUUGUGAUCUUUGUUUAAAAAAAGGAUUACCAAAUCAUUUAAAAAAUUCGCAAAUACCAACUACUCCAUCUGCUUUAUUAGAAUAUUUAAUUAUAAUAUUAUUUGUAAUGGUUAAACAACAAUUGAAGCAUCCUUCUCAUAAUUUUUAUAAUUCUUCAAAUAAUAAUAAUAAUAAUAACAAUUCAAAUAAUUCAAAUAAUAAUAAUUCAAAUAAUAAUAAUGGUGCAACAACAGCAAUCAUUGAUUUAGUAUCACAAAAACAAAAAUUAAAACAAAAACAACAAUUAAACUAUGUACAUACAAGGGUGAUAUUUAGUUUUAUGACCGAUCAUAAAUCAUUAUUACCAAAUCUAUUUCCUGAUAAUGGUCAAUGUAAUUUAAAACAGUAUAUUUCAAUUUGUUUCACUAAUCAUCCUAGAAUUUUUAAAAGUGGUAAAACUUCAAAAUUAUUCACUGCUACUGGUUAUUGGUCUUUAAUUGAUUCAAAUAUUGAUCCUUGGUCUUUAAAUAUUGUAAAUAAUACUAUAGCUAGUAGUGGUAGUAGUACUAGUAUUACUACUACUACUACUACUACUACAACAACAGCAACAACAACAACACCACCUACACCACCACCAACAACAAUAACAGUAGCACAAACAACACCAACAACAACACCAACAACACCAACAACAACAACAACAACAACACCAACACCAACAACAAAUACAACAACAGUACCUUCCAGUAGUGUUAACCAUCAUCAUCAUAAUAAUAAUAAUAAUAAGAGUAUAAAGUCGGGAAAUGAGCUAAAUAAUGAUAUUAAAAAUGAAGAAAGUGAUGAAGAUAAUAUUAUAACUACCAAUAAUAAUAAUAAUAAUAGCGAACAUAUACAGAGUAUACAAUCACAACAGCAACAACAAAUUUCUUAUCCAUUUAUUAUGGAUAAUUUCUUUGGGAUCUCAACAGCAACAGGGAAUAAUAAUAAUAAUAAUAUUAUAGUUAAUGGAAAUAGUACAAAUAAUACUCAACAAUAUAUAAAAAAUAAAAAGAGAUUAGCAGUUGGUCCAGUAUGUGGUGCAAUUACAAAGAUUGUUGGUGGUGGAGUAGGUUCUUGUCAAAUUAUUGGAAAAUGUAGGUGGCAUAGUAAUAAUAAUAAUAAUAAUAACAAUAAUAAUAGUAAUAAUCAUAAUAAUAAUAAUAAUAAUAAUAAUAAUAAUAAUAAUAAUAAUAAUAAUAAUAAUAAUAAUAAUAAUAAUAAUAAUAAUAACAAUCAUAAUAAUAAUAGUAAUAAUAAUAAUAUAAAUGGGAAUUCAACAAUUAAUACAGAUGAUCAAAUUGAUCUUUCACCAUCAUUGUCACCAACAUUCUCAAAUAAUAGUGUAAAUACAGCAACAACCACCACCACCCCUUCUUCAUAUAAUAUUCCAUCAAUUUUUCUUACAACUCAACAACAACAACAACAACAACAACAACAACAACAACAACAACAACAACAACAACAACAACAACAACAAUCUCCACAACAAUCUCCACAGCAAUUUCAAUCUCCACCACAAAAUCAACAACCUCAACUUUCAAUACCGUAUAAAAAGAGACAUAUCAUUGAUAGAAAUAUAACAUACAUCGAAGAGACUCAUAUAAAUAGUAAUGAUAGUGAACAUGAAUAUAAUGUAGAAUAUGAUGAUGAUUAUUAUGAUGAUGAUGACGAUGAUGAUCAACCAGCUUUUAAAAAAUUAAAUAGCCUAAAUAAUAAUAAUAGUAAUAACAACAAUAAUAAUAAUAACAAUAACAUUAAUAACAAUAAUAGCAAUGGAUUUUAUAAUUACAAUGGAAAUAACUAUAGUAAUGUAUAUAUAAAUGGUAGUAGUAGUAGUGGUAGUAAUAAUAAUAAUAAUAAUAAUAAUAAUAACUCUUUUUAUGGAAAUAACAACUUUGUAAACAGUAACCAAAAUAACAAUGGCCAUCAUCAUAAUAAUCACCAUCAUAGUAGUGGUAGUAGUCACAAUUUGAAUGGAAAUACAAAUGGUUUCCCUUUUACUAAUAUUCAAAACUAUAACCUCAAUAGUAAUAAUAGUGGUAAUAAUAGUGGUAAUAAUAGUGGUAAUAAUAGUAAUAAUAAUGGAUAUUAUAAUUUCAAUAAUAGCGGAAAUCAUCAUAACAAUUUUAGUAGUGGAGGAAAUCAUAAUCACAAUAGUAAUAGUAAUAACAAUAAUAAUAAUGGCAAUAAUAGUAAUGGUAAUGGUUUAGAUUUUUACUCAUUGUUGGAUAACAAAAGAAUUACUAAAAAUUAUUAA